GAGAGGUGCGUGUUUCAGUGGAGCUGGUCUCCACUAGACUGCAUAUUCAGGGGACUGGGAACUUUGUCUUACAAGAAAACCAAGGGGGAAAAAGUGGGGAAAGAGGACUAUCAAAACAUUUCCUGCCUGGAGAGGCAGCAGCUCUCUAACUUGUGAGGACUGAGAUCUGAACCCUCCAAAAACUUCUGCUGGUGCUCCAAAAUCUGCAAGUGGGCUUUCAGCAGGGACGAAACAGAGUGAUAAACUUCCACUGGAGUUCCAGGAGGUUGUGUCACUGAAGGAAAGGAUGGCUUUGUAUCAGGCAGCUGUAUCCAAAGCAGAGAUCAGCAACUCCUCUACUAACGCUGUUGAGGAGGCAGAGGCUUACAGGAUACCAGGAGGCUUAGCAAGUGUGAAGAACCAAUUUGAGAAGGGAGAAGCAAGCUCAACUCAGAGUGCUCAGUACCAAUAUCAGCACAAGUCUGUACAGAAGGUGACGAGCCGAAGUCAAGCCAAGAUGUCAAGCAGCAGCAGCACAGAAACCCAAGUAAAUGAGUUGACCUCAGGAGCAACACAGCUGGAGGCCUUUCAAUCGGAAACGGUUUCUCAUCAAGAGCAAGAAUCCACUGAGAUUAAGAAGACUUCUAAUGUUACUCAGAGUGCUGAUAAACCAGAGGUCAAUGCUGCCAUGAAUGAGGAGAUUCCAAAGAUUUCUGCACAAUCCUUAAAACAGCACUUUGAAAAAACAGCCCAAGGAAAGACAUUUCUUUCUGGCCGAGAGAGUGGAACGCCUGCAAAACAGAUCAAGAUUGAAAAGGAGUGUCAAGAAAUGGUCUGGCCUUCUUCAGCCGUUUCCUCUUCUGCUGAAGCUGUUUCUACAAGCAGACACCAGGAAGCGUACAUGGUGAGGAAAACCGAGUACAGAUCUGCUGCCUCAGCAGCAGCCUGCUACACCUCUCCUAAGUAUGGAAGUACAGAGGAAUUUCCUCCUCCACCAUCUCCAGACUUACUACAGGCGCCAUCUGAAAUGACAGAGUUUUCCCAGUCCCCUGAACCCUCUCCCUCUCUAUCAAAGCAACCCCUCCCCAAAGAUUUGUAUUCUAAGCAAAGAAACCUUUAUGAAUUGAAGCGUUUAUACAAGCAUAUUCAUCCAGAAUUGAGAAAGAAUCUGGAAAAAGAUUACUUCAAUGAUAUUUCUGAGAUAGUGUCGAGUAGCACUACUGAAACAGAAAGCUCGCUAGCAGGAGAUGUACGUCAGGCUCGGUCCAUCUUUGAAAAUUCAGAAAGCAGCCCUCAAAAGUGCAUGAGCCCAGAAAGGGAGUAUUUGGAAUGGGAUGAAAUUCUAAAAGGGGAGGUCCAGUCUAUGAGGUGGAUCUUUGAGAAUCAGCCCCUGGAUUCAAUCAGAGAUGAAUCUCCUGAUCCAAAUGAUGUUAAAAGCAUCGCAGAUCAAGAAAUAAUUGCAGGUGGAGACGUUAAGUAUACUACUUGGAUGUUUGAAACACAGCCCAUAGAUUCAUUGGGUGCACAUCCUUCAGAGGACCCAGAAAGUGCUGACAGAGUUCCUGAACUAGCUUGUGGAGAUGUCCGCACGGCCACUUGGAUGUUUGAAACUCAGGCAUUAGACUCAAUGAAUAAAAUUCACCAUGAAAAAGAACAAGAAUCUGAUGAAACCUGUAUCAAGGAGAUCACUGGUGGAGAUGUCAAAACAGUGAAGUACAUGUUUGAAAUGCAGCAUCUGGAUAGCCUGGGGCAGCUUUAUUCGGUGGAUGAAACUAAGUUGCUGCAGCUUAGAUCAGAACUAAAGGAGAUUAAAGGGGAUGUGAAGAGAAGUAUAAGACAUUUUGAAACCCUACCAAUGUAUGUUAUUAGAAACAAUUUAGGCCAAAUGCUAGAGAUUAAAACUGUCCAUAGGGAAGAUCUGGAGAGAGGAGAUGUCAGAACUGUACGCUGGAUGUUUGAAACACAGCCUCUAGACAUGAUCAACAAAGAGUCCACGGAAAUCAAAGUUGUCCGUGGAAUCUCCAUGGAGGAAAGCAUCAAAGGUGAAGUGGGCAGGGCAAAAUGGUUAUUUGAAACCCAGCCUUUGGAUACUAUUAAAGAGGAAUCUGAAGAAACGAUUGUGGAGAAAGAAGCCAUUCUAGGCACAGAUGUCUGCAGAAAAUGUUGGCUUUUUGAAACUCAGCCUCUUGAUACCCUGAAAGAAAAUGAAGAUACCAAUCCUUUGCAAUCAGAAGAAAUAAUAGGAGGGGAUGUAAAUACCACUAAACACCUAUUUGAAACAUUGCCAAUGGAUAUGCUAAAAGACAGCCCAGAUGUUGGAAAACUUCCAAAAAUGGAGGCCACUGAGGAAGAGAAAGGGGAUGUGAGGCAUCAAAAAUGGAUUUUUGAGACUAAGCCUCUUGAACAGAUUGGAGAGGAAAGAAAAGAAUUUGUAAGAACUGUGCAACUGGAGGAAAUUGACAAGGGAGAUGUAAGCAGCUGUAGACAUGUAUUUGAAACAUGCCAUUUAAGGAAACAGGAUGACUCGUAUAAAAUUCAAGUUGAAGGUGUAAUGCAAGGUGCAGUCAAAUUAAAUAAAGCUGUUUUUGAAACAACUCCAUUGUAUGCAAUUCAGGAUAGACUUGGGAAAUAUCACAAAGUUAAAACAAUUCGACAAGAGGAGAUAAUUAGGGGGGAUGUCAGAAACUGCAGGUGGCUAUUUGAAACCAGGCCCAUUGAUCAGUUUGAUGAGAGUGUUGAAAAAAUUGAGAUUAUCAAAGGGAUAUCUUCACAAGAAGUACAGUCAGGUGAUGUCAAAACAGCAAAGUGGCUGUUUGAAACUCAGCCUCUUGACUCCAUCAAACAUUUUACUCAUGUCGAAGAUGAAGAAAGUGAAACAGAGUCCAAGACAACAGAAGUUGUCAAGGGGGAUGUGAAAACGUGCAAGUGGCUAUUUGAAACACAACCAAUGGAAACUCUGUAUGACAAAGAAACAGUAGUGUCUGAUAGUGAAGAGAUCCAGAAAGGAGAUGUCAAAACCUGCACAUGGCUUUUUGAAACCCAGCCACUCGAUGCAAUAGGGGAAGACUCAGAAACAGCCAUAAAACUGCACACAGUGGAGCAGGAGAACAUUCAGGGCAGUGAUGUCCGCACAGCAUGUUUCGUUUUUGAAACAGAGAAGCUAGAAAACAUACAAGGAGAAGAAGGUAAAGAAAUCAAGCGGGUUGUAGAAAUUGAUAUCCAGCCUGGAGAUGUUUCUACCAUGAGGUAUAAAUUUGAGAACCAGUCAUUAGACUCCAUAAAUUCCAGUUCAGAAGAGGUUUUGAAGAAAAUUAAAACCUUACAGCAUGAAGACAUACAGAAAGGGGAUGUUUUGCGUUGUUGUUGGCUUUUUGAAAACCAGUCUCUGGAUGAAAUAACAGAGUAUGAAGAAGACAGAACCUCAGUAAAAACUGUGACAGACAUACAGGGUGGAAAUGUGAGAAAAGGAUGCUUUAUCUUUGAGACUUUUUCUUUGGAUCAGAUUAAAGAUGACUCUUCUGGAGAUAUAAACACCAAUAAAACUGUUAGUGAAGAUAAAAUAACAAAAGGAGAUGUGAAAAGCUACAGAAUGCUCUUUGAGACCCAACCACUUUAUGCAAUUCAGGACAGAGAAGGGUAUUAUCAUGAGGUGACUACUGUUAAAAAGGAAGAAGUCAUUCAUGGAGAUGUACGUGGGACUCGCUGGCUGUUUGAAACAAAGCCUCUAGAAUCAAUAAACAAAACAGACAAUGUAUAUGUUAUAAAAUCAGUCACCCAAGAAGAUAUUCAGAAAGGAGAUGUUAGUUCAGUCAGAUACAGAUUUGAAACACAGCCAUUAGACACCAUUUCUGAUGAGGAAAAAACAAUUGUUCCCACAGUUGACAGUGUUCAGGGUGGUGAUGUGAAAGCAAGCAAGAAAUUAUUUGAGUCUGAAGAAGCCCAAGAAAGCAUGUAUGUAAGGACAGUGAGUGUCAGUGAAAUACAGCAUGGCAAUGUUAAGACAUCAACUUGGCUGUUUGAAACCCAUACCAUAGAUGAGAUCAGAGGAGAGGAAUCAGAGUAUAAAGAUGUCAAGACAGUAACAAAGGAGGAGGUGCAAGAAGGUGAUGUUCAGCAUGCAGUGUGGCUUUUUGAAAACCAGCCGCUAGACUCCAUUAAGGAAACUGAUGAAAGCGAUACAAAAAUAGAUAAAGAGGAAAUUCCACAGGCAGACGUUAAAACCACAACAUGGCUCUUUGAAACAACUCCUUUCCAUGAAUUCAAUGAAAGUAAAGUUGAAAAGGAAGAAAUCAUUGGGAAAAGUGUGAAGGAAACUUUAAAGGAACUUUAUUCUCACAAGGUCGUAGAAACACAUGGAAUUAUCUUGGAGUCAGAUGAAAUUGGAGAUGUCAGAAUGGCAAAAUAUAAACUGAUGAACCAGGAGACUCCUGAAAUACAAAAAGAAGAGGUUAUUAAAGGAGACUUAGCCAACAUCAUGUUGAACUUGCUGUCCAAACCCAGCACUGUUGAAAGGGAAAGUAAAGUAAAUGAAGAUGAAAAGGGCAAUGUGAAUUUGACCAAACAGCAGUUGCUGAAUAGAUCAACAGAUGUUCAUAUUGAAAAGGAAGAGGUGGUGAGAGGUGAUAUACAGCAAGCCAUUAAAAACCUGUUUAGUAAGGAUAGCUCUGUAAAACAUGGAAUUUUAAUUCAGGAAAAUGAGAGGGGUGACAUUAACAUGACAGUCUAUUCUCUUUUUCACAAAAAGGAUGAUAAUAACAUUAAGCAAGAUGAAAUUAUUAGUGGUGAUGUAAAACGUACAAUUCACAGCCUUCUCUCUUCUGCCAUGAAUAAUGAAAUAUUAGAAAGACCUAAAAUAGAUGACUCUGAAAGGGGCAAUGUUCAGUUUUUUACAACAUGCAUAGAGGCUGGAGCUCUGGAUUAUCUGAAACACCUCCUGACAGGGACAAAUGAAACAUUUUCCAGAAGGAAUCAAGAAGAUGAGGAGGAAGAAAUAAUUGGUGGUGAUGUUGAAGGGACAAAGCUGUUACUUAAGAAAAAGAAGUCCAAUAUUCAACGGACAGUUAAUGAAGCUGAUAUCAUCCCUGGAGAUGUAUGUAAUGCAGUUAAAAUCUUUAUGACUGAACCACAGACUACAUCUUGUCAUGUAUGCAAAGAAGAAAUUAUAAAAGGCGAUUUGAAGGCAGCUUUAAAUUCCCUCAGCCAGGCCAUAAAUCAAACAACUGUUACAGAGAAGGAAGAAAUUAUAAAAGCUGACAUCCUUGCAACUCUGAAGUCUCUUAAAGAAUCAGCUCAUCAGCUGAAAGAAACAGAAAAACCUGAUGUCAUUCCAGGUGAUAUUAAGCAGGCUAUUGAAUCUCUGGAGAGAGCAAGACACACAAAAAAUGUAAUCUUGAGAGAAGAGGUUGUUCAAGGUGACCUUGAGUCCACAUUGAGGUCUUUAAAAGCAGCUCAGCAGUCUUUCAAGGAAGUAGCUAGAGAGGAAAUAGACAGCAGAGAGAAUCAGACAAUGGAAGGGAGCUUUCUGGAAGGUUCAGCAGAAAGAAAAACACUACAGCACCAAGCAGCCACUCAUAGAAAUUUGAAACAGACCAACAAGAAUCUGUUUAAUCCAUCUCAACAGUUAGUCAAACAUGAAAUUAGUAUAAAUGACAGUUUACAAAAUAAUAUAAACUCUCAUAAGAAACAUCAUGCAGGGAUGAAGUUUGAACAAGAGAGCAUCCUCUCUGAAGGUACGAGAGCAAUCCAUCUGGAUCAGAAAGAGAGCACCAAGGCACAUCCAGCAGAUAAGAAAAAUGUGAAGGGCUUAUCUAGUUCCCAAUACAAAGUCAUGGAAAAAGGAGAUAAGUCUAUAGGUAACAUCAGAGAACAUAACAUUGGCAAAGGAGAAGCAAAGUGUCAUACAGAUCAAUAUAUGAUUGAUCAAUCUGCUUUUUAUAGCAAUGUUCAAAAGAAGGAAAGAAUGGAAAAAUCAGAGGCGAGCAGAAUGAUGAGGAAAGACACUUCAUCCAGUUUUGUACAGUCCGCAAAACAAAUGACUGGAAAGAAACAUAAUAUAUUUCAUGAAAGUAAAUAUGAGAAAUGUUUUGACACAAACCAUCAAGAGGAGACAAAAGAAAAAUCAACACUGUCAACAUGUGAUCAUAGCUCCAGUCACAGAGAAGCAGAGGAACUGGUCAACAUGUCAACCUGCAUGAGUUCCAAAGCAGCUGGCCAUUUUCAAACACAAGAGAUGCAACAUGAUAAAAAACAAUCUCAGGAUUCAAAGGAGGUUUGCAAAGAGAAGAAAAAUAAUGUUAAGGCAAUCCAAGCUGAGGUUUCCAUGGCAUCAGAACAAAAUAUAAAAUCUGAUCAAAAAGUCAGAGCCACACAGGAAAUGCACAGCCAAUUUAAAGAAGCUGAAAGGAAACAAAAGUGUAAUGUUGUCCAGCAAAAGGAGAAAUCCAUGCUGAGGUUCAGGGGAAAGGCUAAAGUAGAAGCUGCACAGUCAGAGUUCAAGGUUAUGGGGGGAAAUCCAGUAAAUCUGAUCAAGAAUCCUAAGGGCCUGGAUAGGUCAGACAUUGAUUCUCCACCCCCGCCGCCACCUCCUCCUUCACCUCCGGUUUCAGUCACUUCCUCCGAUGCUGAAUUACCUCUGCCACCACCACCUCCUCCUCUAACUCAUUUCAUGAUGGCUUCUGACAGGCAAAGUUUUCCUUCACCUCCACCACCCAUAGGGCAGGGCAAAAUGGAGGGUGAGCAUUUUCCUCCCACACCGCCCCCAGUAGAAGACAAAGAUGAAAGUGAACUGGCUUGUGUUCCAUCUCCCUCACCUCUUCCUCAACCCUCAACUGUUCCCCAUCCCAAAGAAAAGAAAGAUAAUUUCCUCAAACAUCUUGACAAAACAUUACAAGCAUCAGUUCAACAUCAUGACAGUCUUAAAGGGAGCAGAGGCCCAUACAUCCGGCAACGCCAACAGAUGAAACCGCAGAAAGAUUUAGAAACAAGCCAGCCUAGAACACCUAGAAAAAUACAGCCAAAUGUUGUUCAGAUAAACACACAAAAUGAUACUAUGAAAAUGGUGGAAGAAAAGACAGAAAGCACAAUGAUGAUGAAGACUGUUAGCCAUGAAAAGAAAGAGGAAGUCUGCACAAAAGUUGAAGAGGUUAUAAGGCCUUCGUCAGUUACAGAAGCAAUCAAGCUGAAGACACUGCCAAUGAAAAGAACAGUUGCAUUUCCAUUGGUUAGGUCUCCUUCUCUUCCAUUAGAGGCAACACAAACAAAACCUAAGCCUUACGUACGAAAAUUUAAAACUCCUUUAAUGAUUGCAGAAGAACGAUACAGACAGCAAAGGGAAGAGAUAGAGCAAAACCAAGCCAAAGAUGUUUCUCUGACAGUUAUGAGAAGAAACAGUGAAACCUGGGGAAGUUCUGUUCAGAAAGAGUCAGAAACAUGUAAUCCAGUCCUAAAUCUAGAAGAACUGCAUCAAACCCCUCUGCAAGGGAUAUUGUUCUCUGCCACGUCAGAGAUGCCCACUGAGCCUGAAUGUCACAGCAAGGCCCAAGUGGGAAGGUCCCAAGCUGAUGAACCACAGCCUAUGCCAAAAGUAGCAGCAGCAGAUCAGUCUCAAGACAUUUUUAAAAUCUCAGCAGAAGAGCACAGUAAAAAAACAACAGUGCAUGAUUUACAAAACCUUACUAAACAUAGUAAAUCUUCCCAGAAGGUAGAGGCCCAGAGAGAACAUACUAUCCACAAGAGAGAGCAAUACCAAAAUGAGGAGCAAUUGCAUAUGUCAAAAGCUAAAACAGUGUCCCCUACUUUCAAAGUCAAAACCAUCAAGCUUCCACCUUUAGAUCAAAGCUUACAUGAAAUCCACAAGGAUUCUGUGGUGCUCAAAAACCAAGAGGGAGCUAGUAUUCAGAAACAACAAAUUCAUGAAAAACAGAAAGAAAACAUAAGCAGUUCUACCGUCAAAAAGCAGAAGACUGCAAAAUCGAAUAGUCUUGUGAAUGUUGAUGAGAUGUGCCUGGAAAAGCCACUUUUAAAGUACACAGAAAGAAAGAAAGAAGUAAAGGACAAAGAAUCCAGUGAAGUGAAACAGAGGUUAGUUCAAAGGCAGGAAAAUGAGAAAGGUAAAAUUAAACAAGAAAAACUCUCUUCAGUUAUGGAAGGAAAACAGAGUCGAGUAAUUGUUUUCCCUAAAGAAGAAAAAGUAACAGUUCAACGAAAUCAAGAAGAGGUUAGCAAUAAAUCAGAAAAAAUGGUCAAGCAAAAGAUAAUUGAUAUACACCAAGAUGCACAGAUGCCUGAACAAGGGAAAACUCUUCUUUGGGAGAAAAACAAGCAAAAUAAACUGUCCCAGGAAAGUUGUAGCCUAAACCAAAAAGAACGUGCUAGGGAAACAACAACCCAUCAGAAAAAAGGCCUUCUGAAAACAACAGAGCCAAUACAAGAGUUUACACCAAAAAAACCAUUAUCAUCCAGUUUACCAAGAGGAUUGCCACAAAGCAAUGAGAAAAGCCCAGUAGAUAUAUUAGAGUUUUUGAGGAAACGUGAGGAGGUACAGCAGGUGUUAUCUAGAGUGAAAGAGUUUGAAACAGAGCCAAAUAAAAAUGGGAUCAAAAUAUUUCAGGCAUUCAUAAAUGUUAUACCAGACUGGCUGAUAGAACAAGAAAAGAAAGAAAGCUUAACCUACAUUGCACAACAGAAUAAUGUAGAGAAGAUGAAAGAAGAAUUAUUGAUUGUUAAGGAGCAAGCUGCCAAAAUGCUUGAAUCAUGUGAAGAUGCCAUCCAGACAGCCAUGAUUUCCAUGAAACCUCUGAAAUCUAGAAAGGACUCUCUUCACAUUGGUGGACCAUCACAGAAACUAGCUAAAGACAGCAUAGGCUUUACCAUGAAAGGCUCACAGAAGAUUAAAGAGACAAUCGGAGACACAAUGGCCCAUCAAGAAAUAAAUCAGAUAGUCAGUGCACAGAGAUUUUCAGAAAUCAGAACAGCUUCACCAUCCCUAAGGACACGAGCACCCUCACCGACAUACAUCACAAUUGAAUCCAGGCGUAUUGAAUCCCCUCUCAGGGAGGUCUUGUCUCCGGUCCAAAGGGAAAGCACUCCAGUUCCACCAUCACCUCCCCCCAGAAGUGCUACACCAACAUCCAAGAUACAUCAACAGUCAGCCCCUUGCCCCUCUCCCUCUCCUCCAAGAAGCCGUUCAGAGCAGCUUGCCAAGCUGAAAGACACAACAGUGAAACUGUCUCAAGGGGCAACACAAACUAGAUCAGUAACCCCAAUUCCUAUCAUAGAGAAAAGAUCAGAGAUUGUUAAAUCUCCUGCAACACUCCGUCGGCAAAUCAAGAUUGACACACGUCAACCUGAUGUUUUGUCUUCAAAAAUGACCCCUGUAAAUGAAUCACAUGUAACUGCUGGCACAGUGAAGAAAACUAAAGAAACUCACGAAGAAUCUGAAACAAACAAAAUGCACAUCUCCCAAAAGAGAGGGAACAUUCCAGAAGGCUCAGGGCCACAAGGACAAAAUGUAGGCUCUGUUUGUUUUACUCAAAAGUUUGAGAUUCCCAAGUCUGAUCCCAAAGGGCUUGUGCAUAGGUAUGAAGCAUCUGAACAGAUGAUUCACAUAAGAAAGGAACCAGAGGUACCUGAAAAACUGGUAAAUGAAAGUGAGGAUAAAAAAGACAUACUCAUAGAAAUGUUUAAUGAUAAGCCAAAAAUGGAGGUGCUAUCCCAGAAUAGGUAUGUAGAAAAUGGUAUAAUCAGUGGCCAAAUUAAGGAAGAAAGGCAUAGGUUUAGCAAGAGUGGAUUUGGCCACACUUCUCAGGAGCCUGAAAAGCAAAAAGAACAUUUCCAGAAGUCUCCAAGCAAGCGACAAAGAGAACCCAAGGAAAACAAAACCUACAAGCAAAAGCAAUGUGUUGUUAAAGAGCAUUCAUUUGAACCCACAGUGUGUUUUGACACAAAGUCAUGCAAUGAAUGUUCUUCCAGCAUGGACUCAUUUGAGAACACGAUAGUUGAAUCAAGAACCUCCACUUCCACUUCACGAGGCACAGAUGGGAUGCAGUCAGGCAGCUUUGGCUUCAAGCGUGCGCCUCCGACAUAUGAAGAUGUAAUCUCAGGGCACAUCUUGGAUAUUUCUGCUGGUGAUUCACCAGAUGAGCUGCUAAGGAAUUUUCAGAAGACUUGGCAAGAGAGCGAGCGAGUAUUUAAAAGCCUUGGCUACACCAUGUCAGAAGCUGCUGAAGCAGAAGUGAGAAGCAGCUUCCAUGAGGAAGCAGAGUUUAUUAGUGAAACUGCAACUUCAGGGAAAGGAAACGUGCCUACUUUGUCAAAAGAGGGUUUAUCCAAUGGAGUGCCUGCUUGCCGACAAGCAGACUUUUCAUAAAUCAUGUUUCCGAUGUCACCACUGUGGCAGUAAAUUAAGCUUGGGAAAUUAUGCUUCUCUCCAUGGUAAAAUAUACUGUAAACCCCACUUUAAGCAACUUUUCAAAUCCAAAGGAAAUUAUGAUGAAGGCUUUGGACACAAGCAACAUAAAGAAUUAUGGAUUUCCAAAGAUCAAAA